GGCCUUGACUAGGUCUACUCCUUCAUCCUGGUUACCAACAUCAUAGUUGGCGUCUAGCGCUAUUUUAUACAAUUUAGCCUUAAUAAGGACUCGCUUGAAUACCACUGUGGGACCCUUGGUUCUCUCCUCACUCCACAAAAAUCUUCUCUCCAUCCAUCAGCUGCCAUUGUCAAAGACUCUGGACUCCAGACUGAGGUCAUUUAUAGGCUGAACUAUUUGUCCAGUGAGACCAUAGCCAGCCAUGAAGUCCUAUAUCAUCUUCAUUUUCAUGACUGCCACUGUUGUCACUCUAGAAAAUAUGAAAGUACUGGAAGAUCUCCCCAUUCCUUACCUGGUGUACUUGCAGGCCAGCCCCGAGCCCUGUGUGGGGGUCCUCAUUCACCCCGAGUGGGUCUUGACAGCCGCUCACUGCCCCUUACCUGAAAAAAUCCGACUGGGAGUUAAUCAACCCAGCUUCAAAAAUAAGAGAGAACAGCUGCGCAAUUACUCAAUGACUGUGACUCACCCUGAAUUUGAUGAAAAAACCCUGAAAAAUGACCUGAUGUUGAUAAAACUCUCCAGGGAAGCUGGUAUCAACUCCUAUGUGGGAACUAUCGCCAUAGCUAUGGAACCUUCAUUGUUUAAUGACACCUGCUUUAUUCCAACCUGGAUGUGGGUUGACUAUAAAAACAUUACUGAACCUGAUAUCCUGACAUGGAUAAACCAACACAUUCUUCCCUCUCGUGACUGCCAGAAUAUGCUUCUGACACAAGAACAAAAAACCACAGUGAACAUCAUGUGUAUAGGACAACCUCUAACUAUCCUAUCUAAAAUUGAGGAAGUUUCAGCGGCUCCAGCCAUUUGCAGCGGGAGAGUGCAGGGAAUCUUGUCCUGGACCAAAGGUUCUAUCACCCUGGGAAGUGAAGGAUUCUUCACAGAGAUUCAUCCUUAUGUAAAAUGGAUCACAGAAAUCAUGACUACCCACUGAAGUGACCCUCUCAAUGUAAUGUCUGCAUAAUUUCCACACUGGGUCCACAACACACUUCAUCUUUCUUGUGCAAAAUUCAAGGUGAAAACAUCCAAUA